AAUACUCCCUGAAGAAUUUUAGGGUUUUAUUGCAAUAAGCAGUAACAAACCACCUACUGUUCUAACAGCAGCCCAACACUUUCACAUUAUACCCAAUCUUCUUUUCCAAAAAAAAUCAAAAUCAAAAUCAAGUUUUCUCAAGAAAAUUGCUCUAGUCUCUAACUACACUCUUUUUAAGUUUUUGUUGAACAUGAAAAUCAUGGAGCAAGAAGGAGAGGAUUUUGAAGAAAGGAAAGAUAUCAAGUUUUUGAAUGAAGAAGAAGAGGAAACUAAGGUUUAUGAGAGUGGAGUAGACGCUGAAGAAGAAGAUGACGACGAGGACGAGGACGAUGAAGACGACGAGGAUGACGAGGAUGAUGAUGAUGAUGAUGAUGACGACGAGGAUGAUGAUGAUGAUGAUGAGGUGCAGGUUUUACACUCUUCUAGUGGACCAGCAGGACAGUCUGUGAACGAUGACAACGAGGAGGAUGCAGAUGAGGAGGAGGAUGGUGAGGGAGGUGAUGACGACGACGACGACGACGACGACGACGACGACGAGGAUGAGGAUGAAGAGGAGGAUGGCGAAGACGAGGAGGAUAUGGGCACCGAGUAUCUUGUCCGGCCAGUAGGUCGUGCUGAAGACGAGGAAGAUGCUUCUGAUUUUGAACCAGUAGAUAAUGGUGAUGAUGAAGACAUUGACGAGGAGGAUGAUGAAGACGAUACUGAGCCUGCUGGGAAGGUUGAGGCCCCUAUAAAGAGGAAGAGGUCGGAUAAAGAUGACUCGGAUGACGGUGGUGGUGGGGAGGAUGAUGAGAGACCAUCCAAGCGAUAAGGCUGGGAACCCUUGUUUGGUUUACUGACCAUUUAACAUAUGGGAUUUUUUCGGCGAGAAAAUGGCGUGAGAUAAGUCUCUCCGAUUCGAGGAUCAUAGCAAAGCGUUAUCAUCUCGUGUUUUCUUGACGAGAUUGUUUCGGGUCGCAUGUACAGCCACGCCAACUUAUCAUACGUGACAAUUUACCAACACAACUCUCUCUCUCUCAGUCGGUUACCAUGCCUCGAUCAUGAACAUUCGGGGCUUUCACCAACAUCCACCUUUAUUAGAGAAAAUAAUAAAAAGUAAAUUGGAUGAGAAAAUGAUAUUAAUAUAAUUAGCAUUUUUGACGAUGAGCUCCUUGUUAAAAAAAGAAAAGAAGAGAAGGAGUAAAGAGAUUAAAAUUGUAAUUAUAACGAGGUAAAAAUUAAAAUAAGCUGUGCAGAAAUUACAAGUUUAAAAGAAUCGAUAAAAAUAUAUUGGGCCGUUGUCAAUCUAACGGUUAAAAGUUAACCAUCAGCUUUAGCCCAAUCUAUAUUGGGGUUGUAUUGUAUUGUGGCGGGUGUGGCCAGUUUUCUAGAAUCAGGAGCCUAUAAACGGGAAUUUCACCUCGCUUCUUUUGUGAUCUCUUGACAGCUGUAUAUAAAACUUCGUUCUCGUUUGCCGUUGAAGAUGGCAGUCACUGCCAUGUUUGUAUUUUCUUAUCUUAUUAUGCUAAUUUGUUGAUUCAAUUUUUUUAAAAAAAUAUGCUGUUCUAGCCA